UACUCGUCGUAGUAUACGAUAGAGCACAAGCACGACAGGUCGCAAGCCUUAUUCUCUGAAAUGUUUGUAGUAGCUGCCUGCUAUCUUAGCAUAGGGAUGAGAAUGAACAGCAGCGCAAAUAUCACUUUGCGAGCGUGCUACUCAGCGAUAUCAACCGAUUACAACUCAAUUCCCAAGCCAUUGUAUUGCGAGACAUUAAAUAGACGAAAAGUUGUCUGCUAUAAAUCAAUACUAGGGAAGCGGACGGAGUUGCACCACGAAGAGGAGAAUUAUGAAUAAGACUUGGCAACACUCGAUGUUUUAAUCGAACGCUGCAGACGCAGCUGACACUGUGAAUUUGUCAAGAAAUAGAAUAGCAAUAGUGGGAGACCCAUUUAGCAUUUAUCAAUAACUUGCUGCCACUACUUCCUUUGCUUCACGACCAGCAUUUUUAUGCUCGACUUUUACGCUAUAGAUUGCUUAUCUUGUUCCUUAAGGAAAUAGGGGAAAGCCUCUACUGCUACAGACAAAUGAAUUUUGUGAGAUCUUCUUUAUCCGACAAAACCUGAUCAUGCAUGUUAAGGUAGCCCUUAGUAUGCUUAUACACCUG